GCCAUAUCCGUGCCUGAAGUGAACCCAAAUGAUCGGUGACAUGUAGGGGGAUUUCGCUCGCCUAUCCUAAGCUGCCGUAUACUAUUCGGAAUAAGUGUGGUCACAUUUUUUCAUGGAAAACCAACUGGAUCAGCCAACCUGCAGCCCUUCUUUAUAUGAACAGAUAGGCAGGUUUCUUUGGGAGAAACGUGUGCUAAUGAAAAUUCAGUAUGUCAGGAAAGCAUUUGAAAGGACAUGAGGUCAGUUGCUGCAUCAAAUAUUCCAUAUUCGGAUUCAAUAUAAUAUUUUGGUUGCUGGGUGUGGCCUUCUUGGGGAUCGGCUUGUGGGCAUGGAGCGAGAAGGGUGUGCUCUCCAACCUCUCCUCCAUCACAGACCUGGGGGGCUUCGACCCAGUCUGGCUCUUCCUCGUGGUUGGGGGGGUUAUGUUCAUCCUGGGCUUCGCUGGUUGCAUCGGUGCACUGAGGGAGAACACCUUUCUACUUAAGUUUUUCUCCGUGUUUCUGGGGAUUAUCUUCUUCCUGGAGCUUACAGCUGGAAUCCUGGCCUUCGUUUUCAAGGACUGGAUCAAGGACCAGCUCAACUUCUUCAUCAACAACAACAUCCGAGCAUACCGAGAUGACAUCGACCUGCAGAACAUGAUCGACUUCACCCAGGACUAUUGGGAGUGCUGCGGCGCAUUUGGAGCUGACGACUGGAACCUCAACAUCUACUUCAACUGCACGGAGUCGAAUCCCAGCCGGGAAAAGUGUGGGGUCCCCUUCUCGUGCUGCACCAAGGAUCCAGCGGAGGAUGUGAUCAACACGCAGUGUGGUUAUGAUGUGCGAGCCAAAGAUGACGAAGAGCAGAAGGCUUUCAUCCAUGUUAAGGGCUGCGUUCCGCAGUUUGAGAAAUGGCUUCAGGACAACCUGACCGUGGUGGCGGGAAUCUUCAUCGGCAUCGCCCUGCUGCAGAUUUUCGGGAUCUGUUUGGCGCAGAACCUAGUGAGCGACAUCGAAGCUGUCAGGGCAACGUGUCUCUUCACCUGAGGCCAUGACUGAAGGUCGCAUCCGGAGGAUCAGGUCUAAGCCCAUGGCCAAGGCAAGGUGCAGAAGCAAGACCUUAGAGCACCACCUUCAGGACACGGGCUGUACGACAUUUGUCCGCACCGUUUGUUUCAUGGUCUGUACAUAAUUAUUCUUUUGUAGGAUUGGGGGGGGGGGCUCUCUGUGGGUUUUUCAAGAUUUGCUGUAGUGUCAGACACUUUGUGUAACAAAUGUACAGAGGGCACAUUUAAACAGUGCAUGCCUACCGAUGGGGGGGUGCGGUGGAUUUUUUUUAUUUCUGCAUUCAUCGUAUAAAAAUGCAGUUUUCAUCCCCUCACUUCAGCAAAAGGGCAGCAGUGAGACAGCAGUAACGCCCCAGUGCUCAGUCAUCACCUGCGGACAGGAGCGAUUUAGAAUUUCGAAUCGUCUCCUGUGUAUAGCAGCAAGUACAGUGACUGCUGUCACAUAGUCAGAUUGGGGAUCCAGUUAUGAUCCUCUGCUAUCAGGAGAAACAACAUCCAUUCUGCUCAAUGUGCUAAAUGAUGGAGGAGCUCAGGAGUAGGCAGACGUUGUAAAUAGAGCAGUUUUUUCUGUAGUUCUUGGAUUUUGAUUUAAUUCCGUUUUUUUUUUUUUUUAGUCCUGACUUGUGGUAGUUUUGUUAAGGUUCAGAAACAUCUUUGUACACUGUAUGUUAUUAUCUUAUUGGGCCACUGGCCCAUACAACUGAUUUUGUCACAUUAUUAUCAACAGGGUUGUAAUACAAGUACUGUAAUCUAAUAAGCAAGGAAUUCUAAGCAAAUAGAUGAUGGUGUGUGUGUGUGUGUGUGUGUGUGUGUGUGUGUGUGUGGGGAAAAAGCCUUUUUUAUUUCUCUGUGAUGUACGGCCCACUUUCUUACGUCUUUCCCUGCUGAAACUCUCCAGGAUGAUGAUGAUGAUGAUGAUGAUGAAAAUAAAAAUGGUAAAGUGA